AGGACUGAAAAGGACACAUAUGUAUGUACCCUCCAACACGGUUGCAGCAUCACGUUCUCGAGCUUAAGUAGUUUUGUUCGACACUACAAGAACCAUACGAAUUCAACUGAGAAUGAAACUAAUAUACAACCUUCGAUUACAUCCACGGACAAUAAUGCAACAAUGACAAAUGAUGAAACAUUUUCGGACACCUCACAUAUUCUUAGAUCUAUGGACGAUGAAUUUUCAUUGGAAAAGGGUGGUGUAUCAUUCACUUUGAAACAACACAAUAAUAUCAACUUUUCAAGGAAAAAUGUUGUUGGAAUUCAAAACGAUGUGCUCAAGGAUAUAAUAGAGCCCAUGGUAACUUCAAUUCUGGAUUCUCUUGAACAACAUUUUCAUGAAUGUUUGUCGGAUGAAUUGAGCAAGAAGAUGGUCGCCUCUUCUUUGAAGCAUCGAAUUUCCGACCCUUUUGGGCAUUGCCGAACUGAGCACACACUGUUAGACUGGUUGAAGAGAAACGAUUAUGUAUGUGACUUUGAAAAGUUCACCAUCGAUGAGAAAAUAGAAGAAAAACAUCAUCGAGGAGAAAUAAUAUAUGAUGCACACAAUAUAACCGGUGUGUUACUUCCGUUAACAUUCCAGUUUCGUAAGAUUUUUGAAAAAUUCGAUCUACCUGAAAUAUUGCGUGGAAUAGGACGGAUUGAAGCCGUUUCAGAUAGCAAUGCACAUUUCAUUCACGGGUCACUGUGGCGUGAAAAGAAAAAAAAUGAUUGGAGCUGGAAAAAAUAUCAUACCCUUCCAUUUAUACAUAGACGACACGGGGAUUAACAAUCCUCUUGGACCACAUACCGAUCCGAUUACUUUUUUAUACCACUCUUUUCCAGUCUUGGAGCGCCAGGAAAUUUAUUUAGCCGCAGUGAUUAAAUCUAUACAUUACAAAGAAUUUGGAAACGAAAAAUGUUUGAAGGCUGUUGUUCGAGAAAUUAAAAAUUUGGAAGAGCACGGACUCACAGUUUCAACUUCAGAAGGUUCAAAAAAAGUUUAUUUCGUAUUGGCGCUUCCAAUUGGAGACAAUCUAGGCCUGAACAAAAUUCUUGGAUUCACGUCUUCAUUCAGCCAUAACUUUUUCUGUCGCUUUUGUAAAGCUAAGAAGCCAGUAACCCAAACAAUGCAAGUCGAAAUACCGCAAUUAGCUAGAAAUUUGCAGAAUUACGAGGCCGAUGUUAGUAUGAGUACCGCUGAUUCAACGGGAAUAAAGGAAAGCACGAUUUUCAAUGAAAUUGACACAUUCCACGUUGCAAGCAACUAUUCCGUGGAUGUAAUGCACGAUAUUUUCGAAGGUGUGUGCCAUUAUGAUAUGUGUCAUAUCAUAAAUUACUUCAUAAUCAAUCGAUAUUUCACGCUCAAGACAUUGAACACACGCAAACACGUUUUUAAUUAUGGCGAUAUGGAAAUAGAUAAUAUUUCAUCGGAGAUAAAACAAGCUCAUUUAUCAAAAUUUCGUUUGAAAAUGACAGCACGUGAGAUGAUGACUUUUAUUCAUUUAUUUACGCUGAUGAUUGGAGAUCUUAUACCGGAAGGAAAUGAAGUAUGGUUAUUCUUUUUGAAUCUAGUGGAUAUUAUAGAAAUAUUACUUUCCUUCGAAAUUCCAUACGAAAAAGCAGAAGAAUUGAAUGCGUUAAUCAGGAAACACCACGAAGGAUACAUUCGUUAUUUCAAUGACACAUUAAAACCUAAGCAUCAUUUUAUGGUACAUUAUUGCACCGUCAUCCAGAACUCUGGACCGCCAAGGUUUUACUGGUCUUUUCCGUUCGAGGCUAAACACAAAGUGUUUAAAAUGUAUGCGCGCAACAUAACAAGCAGAAUCAACAUAUGUGUUUCCAUAUCAAGAAAGUAUCAGUUGAUGUUUGCGAAUAGUCUAAUGCAACCUGUUGAACCAAUACUAAAACUCGAUCUUCGCCACAGCAUUCCAUUGGAGCACUCUGAUUUACUAUUUCAUUUCUGCGAGGAACAUGAAAUAAAUGCUAAAUAUGAAAGUUACAAAGAAUGUAUCUAUAAUUCAAAAAAAUACAAAACAGGUUAUUUUGUGACCCAACAUACAGAUGUUAUGGCACCGGAUACUAAAUAUAUAUUUAAAAUUGUUGAGAUAGUCGUAUUUGAUAAAUAGGAAACGUUUUAUUUAAUUUGCAUGAUAAAAAGAGUACUGGAAUACUGCAAUCACUAUGCAGCAUAUUCCGUAGAUGUUUCUAAUACGGAAAUGAAUGAUGAAUAUGUCAUACUGAAUUUCGACAGUAUCGCUGGUCCGCCUGUCAAUGUUCACAAAACUGCAGGCGAUUUAUGCAUGAUACGACCCAAACAAUAUUUUUAAGUUUUCUGGCAAUUGACUCCAUGCAUAUUCAAUAAUAAAAAUGUUUAUCAAAUGUUCAUCACCAACAGAUUUAUACACCAUUAGUUCAUCGUUUAUCAAGAUUAAUUCAAAAAUAUGUUCGAAAAAUAUAUCCAACUUCUGAAAUAUUUGUAGAAAAAUAUGGAGACAAAUCCGAAUUCUGAUCUCAGCCAAACUAUAAUGGAUGUGGAGAAUGAAAAUAUCAUCGAAACAUUCGUAACUCAGGGAUCGGAAUCUCUAGAAAUUGAUGAAUUACGUUCACUUUUGUGCGAAUGGGAGAUGAUGAAUUUGUUGGAUUAUUUUAUAGAACAAAAGUUUUUUGUCAGAAUUCUGAAGAGUUUGACGCCUGAAAUGUCUACAACAUUAUUUCAGGGUACGAAUAUAUUAAUUAGCGAUCGCAUUAAUUUCCAUUAUCAUUGGUCAAAAUGGAUCAAAAGAACAAAUAAAAUAAAUUAUCAUCCAGAGUAUGACACUAGCGAAGAACAAUCUCACUAUCUUAAAUUGAAUGGAAAUGAUGAGAAAGCUACCCCAUCAACGAAGAAAAUUGAUUUGAAUCGGAUAUUGAAAUCUAACUCAUACGGAAAAAAUUUAAUAUAUGAAUUUCGUUGCGACAAAGUCAUGAAUGAAAAUUUACGAAAGCUUUUAUGUGAAAGCGUUUUGCAAUAUUGUAUCGAAUACAAUCAUGACUUGUCUGUAAAAGAUUGUGCAUCAUUAGCGAAGCAGAUUUGCGAAAUAUUUCCAGGAGAAAUACAGGAAUACUAUUUUAUACAACAGAAGAACUGUUCUCCACUGGGAAAACUAUAUCACAAAUAUAGGAACUGGAAGAAUAAUUGGAAAAUAAGUAACAGAACAGAAGAAGAUUGUUCCGAAUCCAGAAACAAAAAACGGAAGAUUACUCAGUGUCCUGUCGGACUUAACGAACAAGAGCAUAUUAGAGCACUUUCGUAUGAAUAUGAAAAUAUGAAUUAUAAAGAAAAAAUGGAACGUUGGACAGCGUGUGCCGGAUCGAGGAUUAAUACAAUCAGAAAUUACGGACGUGAUUGUAUGGAGCACAUAUUCAAUGAAUGGCCUCAUUAUAAAUUUCCUGAUGGAUAUCGUUUGUUGGAGGCAGACUUCAUAUUCAUUCAUGGGCAGAAAAACGAACUCCUUGACAACAUGGAGAAAUUUUUGAACAUAAUGAUUGAGAAAAUAUUACCUGAUCACUCGGAAAAAAUUUUCUCCGCCGAAGAUUCCGAAAUGUGGAAACAAUUGGUGGAUAAAAAUAACAAACUCACAAGAAGUGCAACAUGCUUGCUGGUGUUUAGACUGAUUCAGUCUUUGUUAUCUCCAUGCAGAAUUUCCUCCAAAAUUCUCCAAGAUGUGGAAAAUACUAAAAACGUUUCAAAAAAAUUUUAUAGUCUACGGGAGUCAAGGGAUGCCUUUUUAAUAAUGUGCACCAAUUAAAAUGACUUGAAUGAGAAAGUCUCCAUUAAAUUAGCUAAAGAAUCGUCAGUAUCUCCUUAUAUCUUCAUUGUUGGAUCUUUGAACCAAGCACAAGCGUUAAUAGUAAACUUUGAGAACAUUACCUACAAAUUUCACAGUCUGACGAAAGCUAUAGAUAUUUGCUUCAAGGCAUACACGUUGUUCAACAUAGCAUAUCCAGAAGCAUGUUCAUCUGUUUGGGAUAUAAUUAAUCGUGUGUUUUAUAAGUUGCCGGACGACAACACGAACACGAAGCCGUCAACGUAUUUGUUGAUAAACGAAAUAAGAACUGCUAUGGAGCAAUAAAUACCAGGAAGGGAUACUGCGAUGCAGCUAUUUUAAUGAAUUUUCGAUAUUAAUGAAAAUGUAAAAUGAAAUUGGACUAGAUAAAAGUAUAGAAACAUCAUUUAAUUGUCAUGUACAUAAAAUGUUUAGAGAAAAGAAUUCAACUUGAAAUAAAUUCAAUGGAGAAAUUAUUGAAAAAAAAUAAAUGGGGAUUUGGUUUAGACAAAAACGAAACGAUUCUCUACAUUGGAACAGCAUAGUAAACACCAUUAAGAUAUAUCACAUAUUGGACUUGAAAUUUGCAAUACUUAACCUAUCCUAGAAAAUUUCAGGUAAAUACACAUAUUUUAUAAUGAAAACAUUCGUCGCUUAGAAUUAACAUAUUUGUAUUUCUCUUUUUCAGAUGAGAACGAAAAAAGGAUAACCGAGCUAGUGGAUUGAAACCGCCCAGAAAAUUAUUGCAAUAUUGGACAUUUGUGAUUUAUAUUAAAAUUUGAUAUAUUUAAAUAUUUGUCACUGAUCAUUAACAAUUUUGUAUUUUUCUUUUCCAACUUCAGACUAAAUGUAUGGAGCACUUUGCCAUGUUUCCUGUAGAAGCAAAGCGAUUCGGAGGUAAACAUUUCGUAUUUUCGUGAUUCGUCGUAUAUAAUUAUCUUGUUUUCAGCUUUCAACCGUGGAAAAUUACUCAGAGCAUUAUUAUUUUAUAGAAGCAUUUUGCACUUUUUGUACUUUGUGUUUAUUGGAUUUAAAUGUGUUCGUUUGCUCGGUAGAGUAACUUUCCAUAUUUCCGCCAGAGAGAACAAUAAGUUUGAUUUGAUAAGAAUCAAAAUAAUUCACCACUUUUUUCUCUUCUUUUGUAGCUGGCCUUGACAAUACCGUGUCAUUCCGAAGGCUCAGAAUACAUAUUCAUAUAAUUAAUCUAUUAUAAAUACAUAUAUAUCGUGUAUCAUUACAAUAUUUAUGUUUCUCUUAUUUUGUACAGGUAAAUAUUAAGAAAUGGAUGAAUCAGGCGACUGGAUUAAAAGACAGUACAAUUUUGGAAUACUGGGCUAAACAUUUGUCACACUUAUGCUAUCCAGAAAAAAUCUCGGGUAACGGGAGGACGCAAAAUAAGACACAAAGUGCUGUUUUCUGAUGCCUUCGAUUGCCGACCAAUCAGUAAGGAAAAGCAUUGUGGUCUAGCAGGAA